GUUCAUAAUAAACAAAAUGGCAGUGUCAUUAUGGAGUUUGUUAACUGCGUAUAGAUAAUAUAAGCUGUCCAAACAUGUAUAAAGCUUUUUCUCUACUAAUCAUUUGGACAACAGGAAUUUUCGCCAGCAGAUACCUGCCAAGCAACGAUUAUAUCGGAUGUUAUCGUGAUGACAAAGAAAAAGGCCGAGACCUUCCCUUCCGUCCUCAAACACGCACACACAAUCGCGGCGACGCAUUAUCGUGUGUUUUAAAUUGCGCCGAGUCUGGAUUUGUAUACGCUGGUUUACAGAAUGGAAAUUUAUGUUUUUGCGGGAAUAAAUAUGGUCGCUACGGUCGUGUUCCAGAUAAACACUGUAAUUUAAAAUGUCUUCAACCUGUUGGUGUUCAGAAACAAAGUGUAACCGAUGAUAUUUUCAACUCUUGUGGAGGGAAAUGGGUCAACUCAAUAUAUUCAGUACGUGGUAUUCAGUAUCAAGAAGUCAAAGAGGCUAAGAGGAUGAAAAUAAACAAUGAAAAUUAAGUUUUGAGUACGCGUGCAAUGUAUGUAACUGUGUAUUCAUAAUUAUAGCUUGAACCAGCUGGGAACCCGGGCGUAUCAUAGGCUAAAAUUUUAAGACAACAUUCUUUUGUAUAUAGGACGGCACAUAAACACACCCAAACGCGCAAGAAAUAUUGUACAUUGUAUUUGGUUGAUAUUUUUAAUAAAAUCCAUCUUUCUCGA